AAAAGUAUCGCAACAAAUAAUGCCGCAGGCAAAAAUGCAUAUCGAAGUUUUUUAUGGGUAAAAAAUGAUUCCAAAGUGGUUCGCCCAUUUUCGAAAAAAGGAUUCUGUUAUUCACAUGCAGAUUAUUGAAAGUUUUUUCUUUGCAAAUAUUAUUAUAUUUUGAAAUAUCUUUUUAUAUUUUAUAAAGCCUGAGAAUUUUAAAAAGUAAACAACAAUCAUUGCAUGUUUGCGUAUAUUUUGUACAUUUUUUUGGAAUUGAAUUGAAUUGGCAGAAUUUGGAGUCAUUUCUAUACAGAGUUUACAUAGCAGAUAUUAUAAAGAUUUUGGACACAUAUUUCAUCCUACUUAAUUUUAAAUGCUAAAUAAAGAGGGUAGCUUUAUGACUCAUUUAGGUCUGCUUCAAAAUAUCCGAACCUUUUUUCACUGCCGCUACUAAUUAAUGAUUUCUUUACCUUUACAUUGAUUUAAAGCAACAAUUUAAAUCCAGUUCUAUGUUGCACAGUGUUAACGUGCAUUCACGAUGCCAAACGUACUUAAAUGUCUGUAUUUUAUUAUUAAAUAGAUGUUCAUGAGCAUCAAAUAGCAAGUAAACAUACCCAGACUAUGAAUGUAUGCAGUGAAAACUUAAACAAAAAAAUCCAUGCUGCUGUUCUGCUUCGGUUAAUUCCAUCUUGUUUUGUAGCCGUUCAAAUAUAUGAAUUGAUUCUUUAAUCAGUUUGGUCUUAACGCUAGACAUUGCACUUUCAUACUAAUACGAGAAAAUUUGCGAAAAUCUGCCAAGAAGGCCUAGCAAAAGAUGAGUGGCCCUGCGUUGUUUUUUGCAUUUUGUGUAUUCUUUUUAUUUGUCGAGAUAAAUUGCAUACAAAAUCAUCGACCUCAUACCGAAACCCAAUGGCGACUAAAUAAUCGACAAGAUUUGUACAGCCAUCCUCGACUUUUGGUAUGGAAGCCAGUAUUGCCACAACACCUAUAUAUGAAUCCAAAAACACCGAUGUUGCCUGGAUCAAUGCCAAUAAACUACAACCGAUACGGAUUUUCUCAUUUACCUGCACAGCUCAAACCUCAAAGUUACAUUUUUGCUAUGCCAACUCCAAACCAAAAAUUACAGCCGUAUGGACUUAAUGAAAUGGCCGAAAAAAGAAAACCUGGGAAUUUUCACCAUAUUACCAUCAUAAAUGCUGUAAUCCCAAAACCACAUUUCCCCCCUCCCACUUCGCCAACAACACAAUUCUUUCCAACAUACCCUAAGUAUCGAAAUAACAAGCAUCUGUACCACCCAUAUCUAAAUAAAUUGACAGGAUGGAAUAACAUCAGCAGGAUUCCAAUUGUGGCUCAGCAAUAUCAACCUAUUUACGGAAACAUGCCAAUAGCAAGUAGCAGUACAGCGAUCAGUAAGCCCAUAAUUGAUAACUACAACAUUGUUAAAGAAAGAGAGCCGAAGUCAUAUUCAUGUUUUGGAAAAUCAUUACCCAAGGACUCCAUACAAAUAGCUAGUACUCACUCUUGUGAAACGAUUCCUCAAGGACAUAACGUUUCUCAGCAAAAAAUUAUUCCCUUACCUCAACAAACAACAAAAGUCGAGGUAUCUACUCCUUCAACCCCACCGAGUUCAAGUUUUAAACCCGAUGUAGUCGAGACAACCACACAAAAAAUAUUCCUACCAACUCCAAUAGCACAUCAUCCCAUUAGCAGCACCACCCCUCCAACCAUUGUUACUUCAAAUUUUAUAACAUUUGUACCACUACGGCAGAAUGAAGCUUCCUCAACCCGAAAGGAGGCAUAUCAUCACCGACAACAGCAUAAUUUCUUUACCCUCGAAGAUGCUAUAACAAAGCCUCCAUCGAUCAAUCAAAUAUUCAAUGACCCAUGGGAAGCUUUCAAACAUGCUCAAAGUCAGCAACAAAACUCCAUGAGGUUGCAAAGUAAUGCCCACGAUACCUUGAAAACGACUAAGCAAAGUUUCAUGCACAAUUUCUUUGAUGACAAUUACGAUACUUUGGAAACACAACAGAUCGAUGACUACACAAACUUUGAUAAAGGUUAUAACGACCCUGAUCCCUACUAUGUCAACACGAACGAGUAUGUUGCGCCAAUUCGUAAUAGAAUAAUUGAUGAAAACCAAAAUAAAGAAAAUCUUCUCCAUGAAACACAUCUUCGCUAUAAGCAAGCCAAUGGCAACCAAUAUCAAUAUAUAAGCACAUCGCCUCCAUAUAGAUACACUGGAAUAAGUAAAAGCAAAACAACAACUUUGAUUCCGACCAGUGCGGAAAUACCAACUUCUAAACCAUACAAUUUAAUUAAGUAUACAACACCACAAAGCUUACUAGAUGACACAACUACAACCCGCUUGAUUGAAGAUCAGACUUCAGAUUCCCCAUUAACUACCACCAGCAUUAGUGACCAUUCCAAACUGCCUGUCUAUACAACAGUUGCAACAUCCACUACUACUAGGGAAAAUAUUUUUAAAAAGACAAAAUUAAAACGUCCGUUUUACCAAGGCCAAAAUGCCACACACAAAUAUCCCAAAACCAUUAGAGGCCUAUUUAAGCCCAACAAAAACAGUACAUCGACUACAUCAACCACAAAACGUCUACAACCUCCCGAUCCCGAUUGA